AGCGUGACUCGUGACUCUCGUGAGUGUUCUGGCUUGUGUUUGUUUGCUGUUUUAAGGUUAGGUUAAUUUACAUUCUUUUUUAGCAUUCUUUCAGAACAUUAUUUAGAAAGAAAGUAUUUUCUCCGUUUGGGAGUAUCCUUAUUUAUAACAAUAAUGUCUUUACCUUCAUCUGAUGAUUAUGACUCUGAGGGAACUGACUAUGGAGAAUUGUCAGUAAUGCGAGAUAUGCAUAAUGAGUUAAAUCAGGAAUCCCCUGUUCCAACAGCAUCUGAUUGUUCCUCAGAGUUUUCUGACUCUGACUCAGAGCUUCAACAUGCAUUUGCUAAAGGGCUGCUCAAACCUGGAUUGAAUGUCCGAUUGAUGGAAAAGAAAAAAGUUUUCAUCAAUGAUGUGGCAGGUCUUAGACAGAAGUUACAAGAAAUUAAGAAGGAUCUCAACUGGUUCGAACGACUAGAUUUAGUUUGUAAACCAGCCCCUUUAGCACCAGAAAUAGCAGUCCAGAUUGAGGAACAAGAAACACAAAGUUUAAGCAGUGGAAAGAACCUAGCCCUUAAUGAAUUCAAGAGGGAGACAACAUUUCACAGACAGGCCCAGGCCGCAGUGUUGGAGGGACUAGCAAGGCUUAAAGCACUCGGGGUGGUUACCAAAAGGCCAGAAGACUACUUUGCUGAAAUGGCCAAAACCGAUGUUCACAUGCAAAAGGUUCGAGCCCUUUUAACAAAAAAACAAGCUGAAACUGAAAGGAUAGAAAAGAUCAGAAAUAUCCGCCAACAGAGAAAGAUAAGUAAACAGCUACAAAAAGAAGGAAAGUUGAAGAAGCAGAAUGAGAAAAAAGAAAUGCUGGAUGAAGUGAAAAAGUUUAGGAAAGGAAUACGUAAAGACUUAGACUUCUUGGAGAACAAAAAACCUCAGAAGCAAAAUCCCAAAAAAGGGCCUACAAAGUCACAGAUGAAACGGCAGUACAAGGAUUCUAAAUUUGGUUUUGGAGGAAAAAAGAGAGGAUUAAAGGCCAACACCAAGGAGAGUUCGGCUAGUAUGGAUGACUACAACAAGCCUUCUAGAAGAAAAGGACCCAAGAUGAUGAAGCCAGGAAAGAAAAGCGCUAAAAACUUCAGGCCAGGAAAAAGUAAAAGAAUCAAGAUGAAAGGACAGGGACGAAGGAAAAACUGAAUCAUUUUGUAUCAAAUAAUAUGUUUAAUAAAUUGUUUGGUUUUUUAUA